AUGUUUUUAAAAAAAAUUACCAAUUUAAGAUCCUUAAGAUUAGAGAAUUGUCAUGGACAAUUUUUAGAACAAAACAUUGGUACUAUUAGAUCUAUGAAAAACUUAAAGAAAUUGGAAUUAAUCAAUGCUGUAAUCACUGAUUUUGUGGCAAUAGAAUUGGGAAAAUGUCAUGGUAUAACAGCUUUACUAAUUAUUUCUCUCUUUGAACAAAAUGUAAGUAUUAUAAUGUUGUAAUUUUUAACUCACUUAUUGUAUACUAAUUAUAUGAUGUAUUCUUCUAGUGUGCACACAUGAAUAAUCUCAUAAUAGAUUGUUUACUAAAACUAAAAAAUACAUUAACACAUUUAGUUUGGGGAAUAACAUUCCAGUAUCUUCGGAUAAGUGAUAUAUUCAUUCAACAAUAUCAAGAAGGUUUAUAUAAUCUUGGGUACAGUUUAGAUCUAUCAGAAGAAAGUGAACCUUUUGAAAAUAUGGCAGUUUUAAGGUCAACAAAAUUAAAACUCCAAUCAGAACUUUCAAGUGUGGGCGGAUCACAAAUUUCUAUGCCAUUAGACUUAGAAAAACCUGAAAAUGAUAAUGCAAAAAAUAUUCAUUUAGACGUAGUGUCAGUGGCAGAGCUAAAACAUUGUUUGAAAUCAAUAUUUGGAAAUACUAAAGUUAAAAUCAUAAAGAUAUUGACUACAGAAGCUAGUCAAGUGUUUUUAUCGAAACACUUUGAUGAUUUUUAA